AUGAAAUUCCUAUUUGCUAUACUACCAAAAUUUUUACUUCUGGUUCCGGCGAACGAACCAGAAGUAAAAAUUUUGGUAGAUAGGGAUCACAUAAAAACUUCAUUCGAGGAAUGGGCUAGACCGGGUCAUUUCUCAAGAACAAUAGCUAAAGGCCCUGAAACUACCACUUGGAUCUGGAACCUACAUGCUGAUGCUCACGAUUUUGAAAGCCAUACCAGUGAUUUGGAGGAGAUCUCUCAAAAAGUAUUUAGUGCGCAUUUCGGUCAACUCUCCAUCAUCUUCCUUUGGCUGAGUGGCAUGUAUUUCCACGGUGCUCGUUUUUCCAAUUAUGAAGCAUGGCUAAGCGAUCCGACUCACAUUGGGCCUAGUGCCCAGGUGGUUUGGCCGAUAGUGGGCCAAGAAAUAUUGAAUGGUGAUGUGGGCGGGGGCUUCCGAGGGAUACAAAUAACCUCUGGGUUUUUUCAGAUUUGGCGAGCAUCUAGAGUAACUAGCGAAUUACAACUCUAUUGUACCGCAAUUGGUGCAUUGAUCUUUGCAGCGUUAAUGCUUUUUGCUGGUUGGUUUCAUUAUCAUAAAGUUGCUCCAAAAUUGGCUUGGUUUCAAGAUGUAGAUUGUUAUUUUGGCACAAAUAUUUUUGGUUCUUAA